AUGUCUGCUCCCGCUGCCUUCUCCGACAUCGCCAAGGCGACCAACGAUCUCCUGAACAAGGACUUCUACCACGCCGCGGCUGCCAACCUCGAGGUCAAGUCCAAGGCCCCCAACGGUGUUACCUUCACCGUUAAGGGCAAGUCCGCUCACGAGGGACCCAUUGCUGGCCAGCUUGAGGCCAAGUACGUCGAUGCUCCUACCGGUAAGGGUCCCCUCCGGCGCAAACCACCCGAUCCCGGCGCUGUCAAACCCCAACCCAUGACGUUCCUUUACUCAUGUGGUGGGUUCGCAUCGCGCCGGGUGACUUUUUUUGCUUUUUCCAAUUCCUCCAGGCACACAGUCAAGCUAAUCAUUCGUCCCCGGCCAGGCCUUACCCUGACCCAGGCUUGGACCACCGCCAACGCCCUUGACACCAAGCUCGAGCUUGACAACAACAUUGCUAAGGGCCUCAAGGCUGAGAUCCUCACUCAGUACCAGCCCGCUAAGCAGUCCAAGGGCGCCAAGCUUAACCUCUACUUCAAGCAGCCCAACCUGCACGCUCGCGCCUUCUUCGACCUCCUGAACGGCCCCACCGCCAACCUUGACGCCGUUCUCGGCCACGAGGGCUUCCUCGUCGGUGCUGAGGGUGGUUACGAUGUCACCAAGGCCGCCAUCACCAAGUACUCCGCUGCCGUCGGCUACAGCGUUCCCCAGUACUCCGCUGCCAUCACCGCCAGCAACAACCUGUCUCUGUUCUCCGCUAGCUACUACCACCGCGUGAACGCUCAGGUUGAGGCCGGUGCCAAGGCUUCCUGGGACUCCACCUCCGGCAACGCUGUCGGUCUCGAGGUCGCCUCCAAGUACCGCCUGGACCCCUCUUCCUUCGCCAAGGCCAAGAUCAACGACCGUGGUAUCGCCGCUCUGGCCUACAACGUCCUUCUCCGCCCCGGUGUCACUCUCGGCCUCGGCGCCUCCUUCGAUACCCAGAACCUGAACCAGGCUGCUCACAAGGUUGGCGCCAGCUUCACUUUCGAGGCUUAA